AUGUACCUUUCGCAACAAUAUAAGGAAUUUGAAAGACUUGAAAAGCUAGGAAUAAUCGAGAAGACGGCUCACUCAGAUUGGGCAGCAUCUACGAUCUACGCAGAAAGGAAAAAUAAUAUGUUAAGAAUUUGUGCAGAUUUUUCAACUGGAUUAAAUGACUACUUAAUCUCACGUAACUUCCCAUUGCCUAGUCCUGAGGAAGUGUUCGCACAAUUGAAUGAAGGAAUUUUUUUCUCAACAUUAGACAUCUCGGAAGCAUAUCUACAAAUCCAAGUAGAAGAAUGCUCACACUUACUAACUAUUAAUACGCACCGAGGUUUAUUUGAAUUUAAGCGGCUUUCCUUCGGUGUAAAAGUGACUCCUUCCAUAUUUCACCAACUAGUGGAUACAAUGCCGUUUAAUUGUGAUAUUGCUAUCGCCUAUUUAGACGAUACUAAAUAA